CGCCUCGCCGGCGAGGGCUCGCGCGGUCGCGUCGACAACGACUACCUCAUCAAGCUGCUCCUCAUCGGCGACAAUGGUGUUGGCAAGAGUUGCCUCCUACUGUGGUUCUCCGAUGGUUCCUUCACCACUAGUUUCAUUACUACAAUUGGCAUUGAUUUUAAGAAAAGAACAGUUGAACUGGACGGCAAGCGUGUUAAAUUGCAAAUUUGGGAUACUGCUGGUCAAGAUCGGUUUUCCUUUCAUCUCAGCAUACUACCGAGCCACCGAGGAGCCAUGGGUAUCUUGCUUGUUUAUGAUGUCACUGAUGAGUCAUCUAUCAAAAGUAUAAUACGGAACUGGAUCUGCAACAUCGAACAGCAUGCGUCUGAUAAUGUGAAUAAAAUAUUGGUAGGCAACAAGGCUGACAUGGAUGAGACUAAAAGGGCUGUUCCUACUGCAAAGGGGCAAGCACUAGCCGAUGAAUAUGACAUCAAGCUUUUCGAGACUAGUGCCAAGACUAACCUCAAUGUGGAACAAGUUUCCUUCUCCAUUGCCCGAGACAUUAAGCAGAGACUUUCUGAAACUGAUUCCAAGCCUGAGGAUCGGGUAGUCAAUAUUGUCUAG